AACACAAGACAGCUGGCGGUUGAUGAAAGUGGUGUUCAUUGUUUGUUCGCCUAAUUUUGUCUGUAAAAUGUGAUUAAAGAACUUCCUCUGCAUUUACCGCUGAAGUAAGUAAUAAUGGGAGUUACGGGCUUGUGGAAGCUUGUAGAACAAUCGGGUAAACCGGUUCCGUUGGAGACAUUGGAAAAUAAAGUUCUCGCUGUUGAUAUUUCGAUAUGGCUUCAUCAGGUUAUCAAAGGAUUUCAAGAUUCCAAAGGAAGUUCAUUGCCAAAUGCACACAUUUUAGGUCUGUUCAAUCGACUGUGCAAGCUGAUGUACUAUCGUAUAAAGCCUGUCUUCGUGUUCGAUGGUGGGGUACCAAUGCUCAAAAAGCAGACUAUCGCCAAGCGAAAUCAGAGCAAAAGUAAAUAUCACAACGAAGCUGAGCGCAUUCAGCAAUUGCUGUUGGAAACACUUGCCAAAGAAAAAGUGGUGCAGCAAGCGUUGGGGUCUGCCACUAACUUACUGAUUUCACCCACAAAGAAACCUGGAAAUAGCAGCAAGGAUCCAGGCGAGCCGGAUGAAAUGUUCAAGCUACCACCUUUGAAGGAGGAUUCUCCAUUCAAAAACACCGACAAAAGCAUGACGGAUUUGGACGACAGCACCAGCUCGUGGGACGAGAAAACCUCAAAGAGUUACUAUCAUCUGAAUUUAAAUGCAAUUGAUGUUACGAGUGUUCAUUUUAAGAACCUUCCGGCCGAUGUUCGGCACGAUAUUUUAACUGACAUCAAAGAAACCAGAAAAGAGUCUUCCUGGGGAAGGUUGCAUGAACUUCCUGUGGAAAGCAAUGAUUUCUCAUCAUUUCAAAUGAAAAGGCUGCUGAAACGGCGUACGGUGCAAGUUGAAUUGGAAGAAGCCGAAAAAGAAAUGGGAGGUAAAUGCCUUUCUUUGGCGGAAUUAGAAGCACUGCUCUCAGAGGAAGGGGUUGAUACUUGUACCGACAAAGCAGCUCAGAAAAUCGCAUCCGAUGAGAAUACGCGCUUUUUACUGGUUCGUGACGUUCAGAAGGCGAUCGAAAAUGCUAAGUUAAAAGAGGAACAAGAAAAAAAUGCUCCUAAACCACCGAAGCUUGCUAAAAUUAAGAAACUAGAUGGUAGUCAGGAGACUUCAGAUGACAAAGAUAUGGAUGAGGAAUUGCAGCUGGCUAUUAAAAUGUCUCUCAUGCAAGAUGUUGAUCCAAAUGUAAUUGUUGAUAUUGAUUCGGAAGAAGUUCGCAUGUCGAGUAAACAAAAACAAAUUCUUGGAAAUGCUGCUUUGAGUUUAGCUCGCAACUACAUGGUCGAAUAUGGUGGCAUGUCUAAUGACGAUGUCCGAGAGUUGCUUCAUCAAACACAAGUAGUUGAUGCAGAGGAUGAGAAGGAAUCUGCUACGCAACAGUUUGAGUACAAUAAUGCGUCAAUUUUGGAGGCAAAUGACCAAAAGAAAAUUGAGGAAGAGGAGCAGCCUGUGGAUGUUUCAUCCGAUACUGAUUCAGAUUUCAUCGAUGUUCCAGCGGAUGAUCUGAAUGAUUCUAUGCCCGGAUUAUUGCUUCCUUUGAAUGCAUCUAAUCACCUCAAACCGCACUUUGGUUCUAUAGUAGAUGUUACGUUGGAUGAUUUGAAGCAAAAAAAAGAUGAGGAAAACGUCCUUGAGGUUUUUAUUGACGAAAAGAAGCUUGGAGUCCAGGUUGAGGAUGAUAUUUUUGCUGACGUUUUUGAAGGCAAAGUUAUGAAAGACGAUAUUCAAGAGAAACCUCUCGGAAAUACCGAACAAGCUUCUCGUUGUCCAAAAUUACCUGCUAUCAAGAUCAAAAAAGUCGACGAUAUAAAUGCCAGAGUGAAAGAAGAAUUGGAUCGACUUAAAACUGCCCCACCAGUCAUAGAUUUAGAUAAAAUCACAAUAAAUAUUCCCAUUGAAGAUGGUAACUCUGAAAUGGACCUCUUGGAAAUACCCGCGCAAACGAGAUCAGAAACUGUGCACCGUCAUAUAAAACAGCAACUAGAACAACUUAAAAAGCAAAAUACAACAAUCAAUUUGGAUGAAAAUGGCGAAGACAGUGACGCAACCGUUGGCUACUCACCAAUGAAGGAAGUUCAAAAACUAUUGGAAACUUCUGAAAAUUCGCAAAUCAACGUUAUUCAACCAUCUGAUAGCGGAGUCUCUAGUGCAGUAACCGAUCAACCGAUACCAUACGGAACACCUAAAAGAGGCACGCUGGAGCACCUCGUGUUAAGUCGCACUCCCGGUAGUGAUUCUAAAAAAUCUGAAGCCGACGAAGACGUCCCGAAGGUUCCAAAACCAUAUUUCGUUAACAAAACUCCGCCCUCGUCGUCCAAAAAACAAUCGUCCAGCACUACGCCAACAAAGUCGUUGAAGGUAUCUAAGGAGUUGUUUCCGGAACCGGAGCCGGAACCAGUUCCUUCAACUAGCAAAGCUCACUUGGAGACCUCUGCAACAAAUCUUAUCAAUGAAAUGGCCGACAGUCUGAAGGACAACAAAACUCCACUAGAACUUAAACGAAUGGCAUUGAAUCUUGCCCAGGAGGAACGUGAACUAGAGAAAGAGAAAAACCGGCAAAAUCGGCUUGGAACGUCCAUUACCGAUCAGAUGCAGAAUGACUGUAUGGAACUAUUGAAGCUAUUCGGUGUCCCUUAUAUAGUGGCCCCAAUGGAAGCGGAAGCACAGUGCGCUUUUCUGAAUCAGAUCGAAAUCACCGACGGAACCAUCACCGAUGACAGUGACAUCUGGCUGUUCGGGGGAAAGAGGGUUUAUAAGAAUUUUUUCAACCAGCAAAAGCUGGUGCUAGAGUAUACGAGUGAAAGUAUUGAAAGUUCGUUCCAGAUGAACCGCAAAAAGUUGAUUCAGUUGGCACUUUUGGUCGGAAGUGAUUAUACAACAGGAAUUCAUGGCAUUGGUGCUGUAACGGCUUUGGAAAUUCUGGCGUCAUUUCCAGUUACCCCUGAGAAGGAAGGUGAAACCUCUGAGAUGAUGUCGCUCUUGUCUGGGCUCCGAAAGUUUCGUGAUUGGUGGAAUCACGGGCGGAAUAACACCGUCGGUACCCGUAUAGCACUGAAGUCUAAAUUGAAAAAUAUCGAGUUCUCGGAGGGAUUUCCUAGCAUGGCUGUCGUAGAGGCUUAUCUGUAUCCAACGGUAGAUGACAGUAAGGAAGCCUUCUCCUGGGGCUAUCCCGAUGUAGAUAGUUUGAGAGAUUUCGCCAAGCAAAAAUUUGGUUGGCCUGUGUCCAAAACAAACGAUAUUUUGCAACCCGUUCUGAAACGUUUGGAUGAACGCAAGUCGCAAGCAUCGAUCAAAAAUUAUUUCAAAGUCCAAAGUGCUGUUUCUUAUAAUCAGGUGAAGGUAAGUAAGCGAGUUCAGCACGCUGUUGAUACCAUGGCGGGAAAGAUAGCGGAAGACACGUCAGGUACUACUAAGAAGCGGGUUCUACGAAAGAGGAAACCAGCAAAAUCUGAUCUGACGCAGACUAAUCCUAAUGAAGAACCGAUCUCAGAAGUUAUAUGUCUAACUCAGGACAGCGAAGACGAGGUUGUCGUACAGAAAAAGGAAAAUAAACGCAAAUCAGCUGUUCCUAAACAAGGCAAGAAAGGAAAAAGCAAGGCAACUCCAGUGAUUACUGACUCAACAAACUGCGAAUUCGAUAAACCUUCCACCUCACUAUCGAAUAUUUCGGGAAUUAUUUCCCAUAUAAACGACCAAUCCGCUGCAAAACUUGGCGAAGUAACGGCAAUUGAUAAAAAGAAAGCAAUCAAAAACAAAAUACCUGAUUUCAAUCCAGCAAUUCCCCAACGACUAAAAGACGAAGAGGAAAUGGCCAGCAGAAAACAACGUGCUAUCGAACUGUUCAAAAAGACCCAAAUUGAAACGAAAAAUAAAAAGAGUCGGAAGUGAUGUACAUUCGUCUAGUCUAAAAUUGCGGAGGAUUUAAAUUAAAACUUGAGCUAGAUACCGCAUGAAA